UACGUUUCAUUUCUUCCGUUGUCAGCACUGCUACAGAAGACGCGGAGAUUACAGACUCAUUGUUUCUGCCUGCUACGCUCGACGAGUGCCGAAGGAAAAGUUACUACUCUUAGAUUUGUCUUUGAGAGUGGCCCUGCAACAUGCCCUCGGUGCCCUACGCCAUCCGGCAGCUGACGGCUAGAGACAGCCCACAGCUGGUGGACUUCCUGCGUCGGUUCUUCCUGAGGGACGAGCCGCUCAACGCAGCCAUGGGUAUCAUGGCCAACGGGCGACAGUCCUGGCCAGAGCAAGAGCGCUUCCUUCUCGAGCCUCUGUCCCAAGAUGUUUCUUUGCAAGCAGUCGAUACCAUGAGUGGCAAGAUUAUGGGAGUCUUCAUAAACCACGUGCACCAACCUGGACAUGAAGGGGAGGCUGUCAGAGAAGUUGAGACUUGUCCAGAUCCAGCCUUCCGUGAGAUCCUACGGUUCACCACCUCUGUUGAUCUCCAGGUGUCUGAGAAAUUGCGUGCCCUGUUCCCUGAUGUACACCUUCACCGGUUGGAGAUUGUAGCUGGGUCUGUCGACCCAGCUGCCAGGAAUUGUGGAAUUGGCAUUGCCCUCGUCGAGCACACCAAGCAACUGGCGAUGGAUCAAGGUAUACCACUGGUGAGAGUUGACUGCUCCAGUGUGUUCUCUGCAAAGGGCAUUGAACGUUGUGGAUUCCAGAAGAUCUUUUCCAUCAGAUAUGACUCUUAUAAAUGUGAUGGGAAAAUACUUUUCCCUCCUACAAAAGAGUCUGGUGAUGAGUACAUUACCUAUGUCAAAAGGAUAACUCCUAGGCCACAUGUUAUCCCAUUACAUGCAGCUGCUAACAUGCAGUGCCAUAUUUGAAUGAUACACAGACGUUUAACUUAUCUCUUUAGAGGCCGCAUACUGAGCUGACUUUCUUUUUGUUAUUGGGAUUUACCUGGCUCCAAUGAAAAAUUAAAAAAAAUCACAUUUGCUAAUUCAAUUGUCAUCAGAUCUCUAGAUUGCCAAGGCAGGUCAGGCAGUAACUCAUGUAUGAUGAUUUUUGUAAAGUAAAUUUGUUUGAGUAGUAGGUUUUACGUAGAUAGAUAAUCUAUUGAAUAGUUGUAUCCCAAGUGAUAACAUUAGGACAGUGUAUAAGUUCAUAGCAUUUUUCCAUAAGUUUACUAAACACAACAGAUGCUUGUCACAGAGACUUGUCAUCAAUAAUAUAUCCUCCUACACUAUUUACAACAAUCUGCCAAUGAUAGGGUACAUUUUUGCUUCCACAACUUCAGAAAUCAUAUGGUAUUGAGGCAAAGAACACAUCAAAUCAUGUUUGGAGCACAUUUACAUCUGGAAAGGAAAUUGCUUGAAAGUUAUUUGAUAGAGAGCAAGAAGGGUGAGGGCGCAAGAGUGGGUGAAUAAGAUGGCUGCAAAAUGACUUACCGACCCAACUCUUGUAUAGCAUUUGCUGCCAGUCUAGCAGAAUGCAAGCAGGCAUCAUAGUGGAGUAACAUCACUUCACGCAGUCUUCAUGGUUGUCGUUCUUGGACUAUAUCUGCAAGACAUUGAAGUUGUUGACAAUAAACAUUAAUAAUAAAGGUUACACCUCGGGGAAGCAAUUCAUAGUACACCACACCAUUGCUGUUCCACUUUAUCUUUUGUAGACGUGCACAGGUCUUUGUACAGGGAGUUCUUGCUUCAUUGGGGAUCCACCUUUCCCUUCCUUUCUUUUCCUUAUGUUAGCAUAAAGACACAUUUCUCAUCACAGAAAUGAUACAUGAUAGGAAUAGUCAGUGUUGUUCAUGAGCCAAUUGUGAUGAAGAGGCAGAGAUGCACAUAUGGCCAGCUGCUGGUUUUUGUGACUUUGGAGUAGAACAUGUGGUACCUCUACAGGAGAUUUUUGAAACUUUCCCACCGCAUGCAAGUGUCGCACAAUGAUGGAAUAAUCAGUUAUUCACAUUUGCCAUUUCUUGAGUACACUGAUGUGGGUCAUUGUGGAUUAAUGCAUUUAAAUGAUCUUCAGCAAACCCUAAAGGUCUUCCUGAAUGUGCAGAGUCUACAUCUACAUCUACAUCUACAUCCAUACUCCGCAAGCCACCUGACGGUGUGUGGCGGAGGGUACCUUUAGUACCUCUAUCGGUUCUCCCAUAUAUUCCAGUCUCAUAUUGUUCGCCUCUGUGUGGGCUGUAAUCUCUCUGAUUUUAUCCUCAUGGUCUCUUCACUAGAUAUACGUAGGAGGAAGCAAUAUACUGCUUGACUCCUCGGUGAAGGUAUGUUCUCGAAACUUCAAGAAAACAUUGACUGGAGUUUAUCUAUCAUCUCCGUAACACUUUCGCGAUUACUAAAUGAUCCUGUAAUGAAGCGCACUGCUCUCUGUUGGAUCUUCUCUAUCUUUUCUAUCAACCCUAUCUGGUACGGAUCCCAUACUGGUGAGCAACAUUCAAGCAGAGGGCAAACAAGUGUACUGUAACCUACCUCCUUUGUUUUUGGACUGCAUUUCUUUAGGAUUCUUCCAAUGACUCUCAGUCUGGCAUCUGCUUUACCGCCAAUCAACUUUAUAUGAUCAUUCCAUUUUAAAUCACUCCUAAUGCGUACUCCCAGAUAAUUUAUGGAAUUAACUGCUUUCAGUUGCUUACCUGCUAUAUUGUAGCUAAAUGAUGAAGGAUCUUUGUUUCUAUGUAUUCGCAGCACAUUACACUUGUCUACAUUGAGAUUCAGUUGCCAUUCCCUGCACCUUGCGAAAUUCGCUGCAAAUCCUCCUGCAUUUCAGUACAAUUUUCCAUUGUUACAACCUCUCGAUAUACCACAGCAUCAUCCGCGAAAAGCCUCAGUGAACUGUCGAUGUCAUCCAAAAGGUCAUUUAUGUAUAUUGUGAAUAGCAACGGUCCUAUGACACUCCCCUGCAGCACACCUGAAAUCACUCUUACUUCGGAAGACUUCUCUCCAUUGAGAAUGACAUGCUGCGUUCUGUUAUCUAGGAACUCUUCAAUCCAAUCACACAGUUGGUCUGAUAGUCCAUAUGCUCUUACUUUGUUCACUAAACGAAUGUGGGGAACUGUAUCGAAUGCCUUGCAGAAGUCAAGAAACACGGCAUCUACCUGGGAACCCGUGUCUAUGGCCCUCUGAGCCUCAUGGACGAAUAGAGCGAGCUGGAUUUCACAUGAUCAUCUUUUUCAAAACCCAUGCUGAUUUCUAGUCACCAGAAAAGUCAUUAUACUCGAACCUAAUAUAUGUUCCAAAAUUCUACAACUGAUCGAUGUUAGAGAUAUAGGUCUAUAGUUCUGCACAUCUGUUCGACGUCCCUUCUUGAAAACGGGGAUGACCUGUGCCCUUUUCCAAUCCUUUAGAAUGCUACGUUCUUCUAGAUACCUACGGUACACCGCUGCAAGAAGGGGGGCAAGUUCCUUCGUAUACUCUGUGUAAAAUCGAACUGGUAUCCCAUCAGGUCCAACGGCCUUUCCUCUUUUUAGCGAUUUUAAUUGUUUCUCUAUCCCUCUGUUGUCUAUUUCGAUAUCCAUCAUUUUGUCAUCUGUGCGACAAUGUAGAGGAGGAACUACAGUGCAGUCUUCCUCUGUGAAACAGCUUUGUAAAAGACAUUUAGUGUUUCAGCCUUUAGUGUGUCAUCCUCUGUUUCAGUAUCAUUCUGGUCACAGAGUGUCUGGACAUUUUGUUUUGAUCCACCUACUGCUUUGACAUAAGACCAAAAUUUCUUAGGAUUUUCUGCUAAGUCAGUACAUAGAACUUUACUUUCGAAUUCAUUGAACGCCUCUCGCAUAGCCCUCCUCACACUACAUUUCGCUUCGCGUGAUUUUUGUUUGUCUGCAAGGCUUUGGCUAUGUUUAUGUUUGCUGUGAAGUUCCCUUUGCUUCAACAGCAGUUUUCUAACUUGGUUGUUGUACCACGGUGGCUCUUUUCCAGCUCUUAUGAUCUUGCUUGGCACAUACUCAUCUAACACAUAUUGUACAAUGGUUUUGAACUUUGUUCACUGAUCCUCAACACUAUCUGUACUUGAGACAAAAUCUUUGUGUUGAGCCAUCAGGUACUCUGAAAUCUGCUUUUUGUCACUUUUGCUAAACAGAAAAAUCCUUUUUUAAUAUUUCUAUUUACGGCACAAUCAUUGAUGCAGUAACCACUUUAUGAUCGCUGAUUCCCUGUUCUGUGUUAACUGUUUCAAAUAGUUCGGGUCUGUUUGACACCAGAAGGUCUAAUAUGUUAUCACCACGAGUCAGUUCUCUGUUUAACUGCUCAAGGUAGUUUUCAGAUAAAGCACUUAAAAAAAUUUCACUGGAUUCUUUGUCCCUGCCACCCAUUAUGAACGUUCAAGUCUCCCAGUCUAUAUCAGCCAAAUUAAAAUCUCCAUCCAGAACUAUAACAUGGUGGGGAAAUCUACUCGAAAUAUUUUCUGAACUAUCCAGGGGGCCUAUAGAGACAUCCAAUUACCAUGUCUGAGCCUGCUUUAACCGUGACCUUCACCCAAAUUAUUUCACAUUUCAGAUCUCCGUCAAUUUCCUUCGAUACUAUUGCACUUUUUAUCACUAUAAACACGCCUCCCCCUUCACUGUCCAGCCGUCUCUGCAGUAUACAUUCCAAUCUGAGUUUAGGAUUUCAGUAUUGUUUACAUCUGGUUUCAGCCAACUUUCUGUCCCUAGUACUAUGUGGGCAUUGUGACCAUUUAUUAAUGAGAGCAGUUCUGGGACCUUUCUAUUGAUGCUCCUGCAGUUUACUAUUAGCAGAUUAAUAUUGUUAUUGCCUGUUGCAUUUUGCCUACUCCUACCUUGCCACAUCUCAGGAGGCAUCUUGUCGAGCCUAGGGAGGGAAUUCUCUAACCUAAAAAACCCACAUGUGCACUCCACACGUACUCCGCUACCCUUGUAGCCACUUCUUGCAUGUAGUGCAUGCCUGACCUAUUCAGGGGGACCCUACAUUACUCCACCCGAUAGCGGAGGUCGAGAAAUUAGCACCCCAGAUCUCUGCAGAAUCAGGUUUAAGCCUUCCACUUGGCUCCAAGUCAGAGGACCGCGAUCGGUUCUGGGAAUGAUACUACAAAUAGUUAGCUCAGAUUCCACCCUGUGAGCGAGGCUUUCCGCCUUCACCAACUCUGCCAACCACCUGUAUGAACUGAGGAUGACCUCUGAACCCAGACAGCAGGAGUUAUUGGUGCUGACAUGAGCAACAAUUUGCAGUUGGGUGCACCCAGUGCUCUCUAUCACCACCGGCAGGGCCGCCUCCACAUCUCGGAUGAGAUCCCCCAGAAAGCAGACAGAGUGAACACUGGCCUUCUUCCCUGACCUUUCUGCUACUUCCCUAAGGGGCUCCAUCACCCGCCUAAUGUUAGAGCUCCAAAUAACUAAUAAACUCCUCCCCCCGUGUGCCUGCUCAGAUCUUGCUGAAGGAGUGGCAACAUGUCCACUGACAGGCAGAGCGGGCGAUGCCACAUGGCCAGCCUCCACAUUGACCCUCCACCUCAUGUGCCGUGAAUGCCGCUGAAUCCGCCACUCCCCUUGGGGAGAGGGUGGCCCAACCACGCCCGGUACCCGCAAAGAUGUCUCAACAGCAGGGACAGCAUGUAACACCUGGGGUGUACCAUGCGAUGCACCAGACUCACCACUGCUGCUACACUCCGAGGCAGCAGCCUGAAGACGGCUGACCACGGCCAUCAACAUGUUCAGCUGUUCGUGAACAGUGGCCAGCUCCUCCUGCAUCUGUACACAGCAGUCACACAUCCUAUCCAUCCUAAGAAAUCAGUUUACUGUAGAGAGUUAAUUAACUUUUAACUAGACUGCUAAUACACUAAAAGCGCCUGACAGUUGACUGAACUGUGGUCACUAGACACUUCUUGUAGAAAUCAAUGAAAAUAGCACUACCUGUCUCUGGACUGUAUUCAAUCUAAUGUAUCAAUGAUCCUUCUUAAAAUGAGAAAACUAUUUUCUUACCAUGGUCUGUCCAACGGCAUUAUCCACAUACAUGGCGCAAAUGUUUCUGGUUCCUUUGCUGUCACCAUUUUACUGAUCUUGAACAGAAGCAUAUGUUGGAAAUGUUCUGAUUUCUCCAUUUGGUAUUUCAUUUUCUAGUGUGUACAGCUCCACUCACUAUCUCAAAAUGACAAACUGACACUAUGUAAACUCAAACAGCAACAGUGAACAAGAAAGAAAAAAUAAUGGCUGGUAAAUAAACUCAUAGCAACUGAAUUACUAAUGUGCAAAACAAAAACACUAUGAACUUAUGCACAGAAUACUUUUUUGUACAUAUUUGUAUUGAAAUGUCACCAUUUACCCUUGUACUUUAACCACGCAGACUUUUAUUUUGAAUAAUAAAUUUUCUUUUCAAGUUAUUUAAUUUUUGGUAUGUAUAACUACUUCUUGUAUUUAAUGUUUUGGUUUUAUUUUUACUUUUUAAAUUGUUUUGCAUGAUGGUUGUAGAAAUAAUUUUUUUCUCCCUUGGAAAUUACCUUGCCCUGAGGAAAAUUUCCCAAUAAUAAGACAUAUAACUAAGUACAGACUGUAUGUGAGAGACGUGCGCAGUGCUGACAGUUACGACAUUUGUAAAGUCAUACAAAGCUUUCUGGGGCAACCAAGUUUUGAUAAUUCUGAAUUUACGAAUGUGAUUUCAAAUGGUUUUGAAUAAUAAUACCAAGAAAUUUGAUUUCAGUAUUGGUCUCUAUCCACGCAUGCUAGUUAUUCCACACAUUUAUUCAACUGUGUGUGGAUGAUGAUGAUGGAGAUCUUUUUGUAUCAAGAUCACCUUUACUUUGUUCCUGGUAAAUUAGUCAGAAUUAUGUAUUUUAUAAGUGAUACAUACAGUGAGAAAAGUAUUGUCACCUUAUUUUCCUAUUAGAUAACUGUGUCAAGUCAUCAGCACAAACAUUAGGUAUUCCCUCAGGUCAGUCAGUAUUAUUUUAAAGUCUACUGGUGUCCAGUAUUCAUCAGAUCAAGUUCUGUUUCAGUUUGUA